AUGGAAAUGGAGAAGCUGGAGACGAUUUCCGAGGGCUGGAGCGACAGAACAGAGAGGGAACGGCUUCAGAGAGAGAAGAGGAGGAGCGCUCUCCGGCCACUGCCCAGCCCUGUCCGGGCACUGCCCAGCCCUCUCCGGCUCCGCCGCUCUCUCGCCCCUCGCCUCGGCCGCUCCCGGGAGCUGCUGGAAGCCGCCACCGCGUCCCUGCAGCGGCUGAAGGAGCUGGGCACGCUGGGGUUUGAGUGCAGCCCUGAGGAGGUGGAGGUGGAGGACAUCACCCAGAACCAAACCAACACCAUCAGAGCCUGCACGGCCCAGGCUGCCGAGCCUGGAAAUUGCCCGGUUUUGGAAAGAUCAACUUUUGAUAAGGGAAAAUGCCUGCAGGGAAUCUCUGAGGAUCUGAGAGCCUACAGGACAGAGCUGAGGAACCUCCAGGACCCGCAGCUGCUGCUGGCUCUCGAUGGGAUGAUGGAGGCCCUGGGCAGCAGCACUGGGAAGGUUCCGGAAGCGCCGUUGGCAUCGGAAUUAUCGGGAUCAUUGUGGGCGCCGUUCCCGGUGCGGCUGCGCCUCUGCAGCGUCCUCCAGGCCUUGCGCAUCCGCAGCGUCACCAUCAGCCGGAUGCUGAACUUCCUCAGCUCCCUCUGAAUCCCAGGAAUCCGCCAGAACCCAGAGAUCCAGCGGGAACAAGAGCGGGAUCGGCGGAAUUCCCGUAAAUGUGCCUCCCAAACCGCGCUCGGUUCCCGCGAUCCGGCCAUUGAAGCUCCGCUGAGCUCCCAGCGCCUCCUGGCUCGGAUUUAUCCGUAUUUAUUCUGCUGCUUUCCCAGGAAUUCAGAGCUGUUUAUGAUAAUCCCUUCCAACUCAGGAUAUUCUAAUCCAUGAUUUAUUUAGGGUGAUAUUCCAUUCUAUUCCCUGAUUUAUUUAUGAUGAUAUUCCAUUCUAUUCCCUGAUUUAUUUAUAAUGAUAUUCCAUUCCAUUCCCUGAUUUAUUUAUGAUGAUAUUCCACUCUUGUCAAUGAUGUAUUUAUGAUAUUCCCUAUUUAUUCUCUUUCCUGCCUAAUAAAAUCAAAGUUGACUCCAAAAUU